AUGAUAGAAAAAAAAUAUAAAUCUUACUUAAAUAUUUAGUUUUACGCUUAAGAUAAAUAUUCAUUAGCCCUAAAAGCAACAAAUAAAAAGAAUAAUUAAGCUUUAAUUCUCUUGGUUUCUUAGUAUAAUGAUUAUUAACUCCUUAAAAAUAGCAAAUAUUUAGUGCUUGAUCAAACCUAUAAUUAAUUAUUUCCUGAAGAUAAUUCUUAAGUUUUAAAUACAUUCCAAAUUUCUGAAUCUAAACCUAAUUUAAGUUGUGGUUUAGCUAAAAAUUCUAAUAUUAAUAAUCAAAAGUACUUUCUCUAAUAAAUUAAAUUUACAGAUUUUUCCUUAUCACUAAAAUAAAAAGCAACAAUUAAAAAAGCAUUACUUUAAGAUUUGGAGGAUAAUCAUCAUUUAGUUUAAUAAGUUCAAGCAGUGAUAAACGGUCCUGAUAAACCAUUUAAAUAUGUUGAAUGGUGUAAUGGCAUAACGUCUAAAAUAUCAAAAUGUGUCAAUAUGGAAUCUUUUGAAGUUAUUUUUCAGGAGGAAUUUUAAGGAAAAUCUUUAUUUUCUCAUCUCGCUUCUGCUUUAAGUAAUUGUUAAUUUCUAAUCAGAAUCAGCUUGAAUUUAAAUUAAUGUUCUAAAAUAAAAAUUGAGGAUCUAUGUUGUUUUAUUUAAGCAAUUAUCAAUUUUCCUAAUGUUUCUUCUUUUUGCUUAAAUUUAAGCUAGCAGAUUAUUGAAAAUGAAGAUAUUGAAUUAUUAGGGAAGACUCUAUCUUAAUUUACAUAAUUAGAAAUAUUUGAACUUAAUUGUGAAAAUUCAAAUAUAGAUGACAAAAAUAUUGUUUACUUUAGUGAGAUAUUUACAAACUGCAAGCUGAUUAAAAAUUUAAACUUAAAUCUGAAAAAAAAUAGCUUAUGCAAUUCUGGAAUCAUACAGUUAGGCUAAAAGAUAAACAAAUGUGAAAAUCUAAAACAUCUAAAUUUAAAUCUUUAUGCUAAUUCUCUACUAGAGGAGAGUGUAUUAGGAAUUACUUUUGCUAUUAAAAACAAGAACCUGAUUUCUUUACAAUUAGAAUUUUCAAUUAAUAUUUUAGGUGAUGUUGGAAUAAAUAAUCUAUGCAAUGCUAUUUCUAAAUGUGCUACACUUAAAAAGCUGUUCUUAGAUUUCUGUUAUAAUAACAUUUCAUAAGAAGGAGUGAAAUAAUUAGGAAGAGAUUUUAUUUAAUUGACUAAUUUAAGCAAUUUAACAUUGAAAUUAGACUGGAAUAUCAUUUUAUUUGAAGGAGCAAAAUUUUUAAUUGAUAAUCUUAAAUAAGUUAGAAAUAUAAAUAUUUUGCAUUUGAGUCUUAUAUAAAACUCUAUCGAUCAAAAGCAUUUUUUAAAUAUUCAAUAAAAAAUUAAGAAAUUUAAAAGACUAGUUAAUCGUAUAAUAAAGCUAACAGUUUAUGACUGA